CUACAUGCUGACUUGCUGAGGCGUUUUUCUCCCGCUGCAGCGACGGCUGGCAGAUGAAGCAGAACGUCGUGAUCCUCGGCAGAACGUGAGCUGACUGCUGGCCAAGGGGAGAUGCUGCUUGUCUUGCUGUUGUCAGGUGUGCUGCCCGCCGCCCGGGCGCAGCAGGAGUGUGAUGGCGGCGCCUGUAACCCACCACUCGGCGACCUGAUGGUGGGCCGCGCCGCCCAGCUGUCGGCCUCCUCCACCUGCGGCCUGGACGGCCCCCAGAACUACUGCAUUCUGGGAUACCUGGAGGAGGAACAGAAGUGCUUCACCUGUGACUCGCGGCUGCCGUAUGAUCGCCAUAGCAACCCGGACAGCCACCGCAUCGCCAACGCCAUCAGCACCUUCCACCCUGAGCACAAGAUGAGGUGGUGGCAGUCCGAGAACGGGGUCCAUGAAGUCAGUAUCCAGUUGGAUCUGGAGACGUUGUUCCAGUUCAGCCAUCUCGUCCUCACCUUCAAGAGCUUCCGGCCAGCAGCCAUGUUGGUGGAACGGUCGCAGGACUUUGGUCGGACCUGGAAGAUCUUCAGAUACUUUGCAGAGGAUUGUGCCGCUCAUUUUCCCCGAGUGUCUGAGCUGCCGGCCGCUCGCCUGGACGACGUCGUCUGCGACAGCCGCUACUCCAGCUCUGAGCCCUCCACUGAUGGAGAGGUGGUGCUGAAGGCUCUGGAUCCAACAUUUGAAAUCGAGAACCCGUACUCGCCACAGAUCCAAGAGCUCAUCACCAUGACCAACAUCCGGGUGAACUUCACCCGCCUCUUCACGCUGGGCGACACUCUGCUGGGGCGCCGGCGCAGGAACCCACAGGAGAAGUAUUACUACGCCCUGUAUGGCAUGAUGGUGCGUGGCAGCUGCUUCUGUAACGGCCACGCCAGCCAGUGCAUGCCCGUGGAUGGGGGGCGGGGCGACGUCUUCAGCGAGCCCGGCAUGGUCCACGGCCGCUGCGUCUGCCAGCACAACACCGCCGGCGAGAACUGUGAGAGAUGUCAGGACUUCCACCACGACUCCCCCUGGAGGCCCGGAGGAGAACAUGGCGCCACCAUCUGCAGAAGGUGUGACUGUCACGGCCACUCGGACUCCUGCCAUUUUGACGCCGCCCGCUUUGAGGCGACGGGCGGCGUGAGCGGAGGGGUGUGUGACGACUGCCGACACCAGCGGGUCGGGCCUCAGUGUGAGCAGUGCCGGCCUUACCUGUACCAGGACCCGCAGAGGGCACCGCAGGACCCGCACGGCUGCAUCCCCUGCGACUGUGACCCGGCCGGUUCCAGUGGUACCGGCCUGUGCGACCCGGUGACGGGACGGUGUGUUUGCAAGGAGAACGUGGACGGCCAGCGCUGCGAUCGGUGUAAACACGGUUUCUUCGGCCUCAUGCAGGACGACCCAUCCGGCUGCCAGAGGUGCAGGUGUGACCCACUGGGCAGUGUAGAGACUCCUGAUGCGUGCGACCAGGUGACAGGAAGGUGUGUGUGUGAGCGCCUGGCCACCGGGCCGCUGUGUGACCAGUGUGUUGCAGGGUUCUGGGGUCUGGGCGACUCGGGCCGCAGGUGUUCGCCGUGCGACUGCGACGCCGGAGGAGCUCAGAGCGCCGAGUGUUCCCCAGAGGACGGCCAGUGCCGCUGCUUACCCAACAUGGUGGGCCGGAGGUGUGACGACCCCGCCCCAGGACAUUUCCUGCGUCCCCUGGAUUACUUCCUGUAUGAGGCGGAGUUUGCUGCGCCGCUGGAUGGCAGGAGCUCUUCUUCUCUGUUGAACCCUACAGUUCUGCCGAAGUGUGAGCAGUACUUCAGGCAGCAGGGCUAUGACUUCAGGUUCAGUAACGGCCGGCUGGUGUUGGUUAGGAGCCGGAGACGCGCCCGCCGCAGGAGGCAGGGCCAGGGGAACAUUCCUCUGGAUGCCGGCUCGCCGCUGCAGCUCGUUCCCCGUCAGAGGACGGCGGACCAGCCGCUCACCUGGACCGGCCCGGGAUUCGUUCGCGCUCUGGAAGGGGCGGGGCUGAGGUUCACUGUCGAUAACCUUCCCACCUCCAUGGACUACCAGCUGGUCCUCCGCUAUGAGCCGGAGUCUCCAGGUGACUGGCUGGCCUCAGUCAGCAUCAUCCCGCUGUCACUGGGUGACGGGGGCUGCACGUCUGAUCCAACAGGAAGUAAAACUGUGAGCUUACCUGGGAAUGCCAGGGCGGCCAUAUUGGAUGAAGCAGUGUGCCUAAAUGCAGGGGGGCGAUAUUUUGUGGACGUCACCUUUAAGAAGCAGCCGGACUCCGAUCCCACCUCCAGCUCACACAUCCUCAUCGAUUCUAUGGGCUUGAUUCCCAGGAUGGAGGCGGUGCAGGACUUGUGUUCUCAGAGCGAUCUGGACUCGUUCCGCCGGUUCCGCUGCCUCGGCCUCGCUGCCUCGCUGGGCCAGGAGGCGCUGCCCGAGGUGUGUGAGGGUCUCAUCAAGAGCAUGUCAGCCCGCAUCCACAACGGAGCUGUGUCCUGCAGGUGUAACGUCCUCGGCUCCAGGGGGCCGUCCUGCAGCAAGCUGGGCGGAGUCUGUGACUGCAAGCCCAACGUGAUUGGCCGUUGCUGUGACACCUGUGCUCCGCUGAACUUCGGCUUCGGGCCAGACGGAUGCAAACCGUGUGACUGUGACCCCGGCGGCUCGGUGACGGCGCUCUGCGACCAGGUGAGCGGUCAGUGCGCAUGUCGUGACAACGUGGUGGGCCGGCGGUGCGACCGCUGCCAGCCGGGGUUGGGAUUUCCACAGUGUCGCGCCUGUGAAUGCAACGGCCUGGCGGAGCUGUGCGAUGAGGGCGGAGCCUGUCUGGACUGCAGGGGCCACGCCACAGGACGCCACUGCGACAGGUGUGUGGAGGGUUACCACGGCAACCCAGUCUCCAGGGAACCCUGUGAGCCUUGCCUCUGUCCCAACACCCAGAGCAGCGACAGGUUCUUCGCCACUUCCUGCAACAAGGACCCAGAAUCCCGCAGUCUGACCUGCAGCUGCCUGACCGGACACACAGGUCCUCGCUGUGACAGGUGCGCUCCUGGUUUCUAUGGCGACCUGUCGGUACCUGGAGCCCGCUGUGACGAGUGCGAGUGCAACAACAACAUCGACCCGGACGACCGGGCGGCCUGCGACGGCGUGACGGGACAAUGUCUCCGCUGCCUCCACAACACUCAGGGACCGCACUGCCAGAACUGCAAACCUGGUUACUAUGGCAACGCUCUGGUCCAGGACUGCAAAGAGUGCUCCUGUGACCGGCGAGGCACACAGGUUGUGCAGUGCCCCCUUGGGAGUCCAUGUUUCUGCGAUGCCAGGACGGGCCAGUGCCCCUGCAGGACGGGCGCUGUCGGUGUCCUCUGUGACGAAUGUGAUGACGGAUUCUGGAACAUCGGCGGGGCGUCGGGGUGUCAGCCGUGCAACUGCGACCCCGCCAACUCUCUCAGCAACUCAUGUGACAAGGUGACGGGACAGUGUGAGUGUCGUCCCGAGUUCGGGGGAAGGCAGUGUGACGAAUGUGGGGAAAAUCACUUUGGCAACCCGGACCUGCAGUGUGUGUCUUGUGACUGUAACCUGGAGGGGACGGAGCGCCCGGCGUGCAACCCCAACACCGGCGAGUGUUUGUGUCGAGUCGGCGUCACGGGGAUCUUCUGUGACGAGUGCGCCCCCGGGUACGACUCCCUCUUCCCGGCCUGCACGCCAUGCCACGCCUGCACCGCCCUCUGGACCCAAAACGUCACCGACGUCCAGCGCGCCGCCCAGAGGAUGCGAACGUUCAUCCCUCGCCAUGGCGACCACGUGCAGCCCGGCUACAGUCACCGCUGGCAACGGAUGCUGGAGAUGCACUCGAAGCUGGACUGGCUCGUCAACCUGACGGGACGUUCCCUCCCAAAGAUGGAGAACGUGGAGAAACUGUGUCUGAAGAUCGGGAAACUCAAAGACAGUAUUGAUCCCAAUUUGAUCAUGAUCGACUCCUCCCCCCUCCUCAACACUGAAAUCAAUGAUGUUCAUGCUGAGUUCAAGAAGCUGCUGAACAAGCUGAAAGACAAUCUGAGCAUCGAGCCACGACCUGAUGAUGAGGAUGACAGCGAAGAGCUGAUGGAUGAGAUCCAGAAGCUUCACAAGGCGUUCAUGGCGGAUGAGAAGAGGGUAAGGAACGCCAGCAGAGUCCUGGAGGCGUCCAUGGACAAACGGCAAGAAGUGAAAGCCAAACUGAGCGGCUGCAGCGGCCGAGGAGACGCGACUCAGCUCGAGAAGAAGGUGGAAGCACUGAGCGUCGCCAACCUCAACAAAAAAAUCUGUGGUGCUUCUGGCCAGGGGGGCUGCUCAGAGUGCGGGGGGGCGCUUUGUCAACUUGCCAUGGGACAGAGGAAAUGUGGAGGUCCGUCCUGCAGAGGAAGUGUCCCUGUGAGCCAAAAUGCCUCCAAGACCGCAGACGAGGUGGAGGACCAAAUCUAUGACCUUCUAAGCAAGCUGCAGGACUCCAAAAAUAAGAUCAGCAACGCGAAGCAGGAGACGGCCGAGACCAAAGAGCUUCUGCAGGAACUUCAGAGCAAAGUCGACAACAAGAAGGACGACUUCGAGAUGGAGAAAAUAAUCACCAAAAAUCUGAUAAAACAUGUGAAAGAUUUCCUGAUAGAUGAGAUGGUUCCACCGCAGGACAUCGAGAAGGUGGCGAGGGCCGUCCUCGACAUCCAGCUGCCAGGAACCGAGAGCCAGAUCCGCAACAUGAUCUCCGACAUUAGGAAGCUGCUGGCCAACGCCCCGAACCCCCAGGAGGACCUGAAGAACCUGCAGGAACAAGCCAAGACCGCCGAGGAGCUGCUGAAGAAAGCCCAGGAGCUCAGAGACAGAUCAAAGGACGUGGACGUGACGGAGAUCAACAGAGCUCUUUAUGCUGCCGAGCGAGCGCAGAGCGAGGCCAACGACGACCUGGAGGACGCCAGCCGCAACACCGACGAGGCCAGAGACCAAAUCAAAGAUAUUGUGGAGAAACUGAACAACACUGAGAAGAAUCUGGACCAAGAUUCUAAAAACCUGCUGGAUCAGAUCAAAGCCCUGAAGAACAAAACUGAGAUGAACCGAGUGCAGGCCAAGGAGGCCAAGCAGGCCGCCGACUCCGCCUCAGCGAACGCUGCAGAUGUCCAAGCGGAGGCGCAGGAAGUUCAGCGGCUCUUCGAGCAUUUUAAGGAGAAAAACUCCAACCAGACCCUGCAGGACGAGGUCAGCAGGCGCCUGCAGAACAUCACCACCGAUGCCAAGAACAUGAAGAAACAAGUAGAGGACAAACUGAGACAAAUUGAAGAUUUGGAGAAAAAGAUCCAAGACUUGAUCAGGAGCAAAGAGGAUAAGGCGAAGGAGGUCAUUGCGUUGCUGGAGAACGUGGAUUCAAUCCGGAAGGAGAUCACCAAGCGCUCAGAGAGUUACAUCUCCUGCACAUCCUAGACGACAUUUACACUUUUACUCAAAUACAUUGUCCUGUUUUUACUACGUUAUCUCCUUGUUAAUUCUAGUUGAUUCUUCACCUUAUUUUAGUGUGUAGUCCCAAAACACACACACACACACACACACACACACUAGCUUG